AUGACCAAGAAGGUCACCAGAUUUCUGGGCUUGAACAUAGAGAUGGCAUUUGGGAAAAGAGAAGUAUUGUCCCACAUUAUAUUUGUUCAAGCCCGUGCAGAGAAAGGCCACUUUCUUAUUGAUUUUCUCAUGGGCGGUGUCUCCGCUGCCGUAUCUAAAACUGUUGCUGCCCCAAUUGAGCGUGUCAAGCUGUUGAUUCAAAACCAGGAUGAGAUGAUCAAAACUGGUCGUUUGUCUCAACCUUACAAGGGCAUUGGUGAGUGCUUUAGCCAUACAAUCAAGGAAGAGGGUUUUGGUUCAUUGUGGAGAGGGAACACUGCCAAUGUUAUCCAUUACUUCCCCACUCACGCCUUGAACUUUGCAUUCAAGGAUUACUUCAAGAGGCUGUUCAACUUCAAGAAAGACAGGGAUGGUUACUGGAAAUGUUUUGCUGGUAACUUGGCUUCAGGAGGUGCUGUUGGUGCUUCUUAUCUUCUCUUUGCCUACUAUUUGGAUUAUGCUCGUACUCGUUUGGCCAAUGAUGCCAAAGCUGCAAAGAAGGGAGGAGAAAGACAAUUCAAUGGUCUGAUUGAUGUCUACAAGAAGACACUGAAAUCUGAUGGAAUUGCUGGUCUUUACCGUGGAUUCAAUAUCUCUUGUGUUGGAAUCAUUGUCUACCAUGAUCUCUACUUUGGACUCUAUGAUUCACUGAAGCCUGUUGUCCUUACUGGAGGUUUGCAGGACAGUUUCUUCGCUAGCUUUGCCCUCGGUUGGCUCAUCACCAAUGGUGCAGGUCUUGCUUCCUACCCAAUUGACACUGUCCGCAGAAGAAUGAUGAUGACCUCCGGUGAAGCCGUCAAGUACAGGAGUUCCCUGGAUGCCUUCCAACAAAUCUUGAAGAACGAGGGUGCCAACUCUCUCUUCAAGGGUGCUGGUGCUAACAUCCUCCGUGCCAUUGCUGGUGCUGGUGUCCUGUCUGGUUAUGACAAGCUACAGCUGCUUGUCUUCGGCAAGAAGUACGGAUCUAGUUAUUUAUGUCUCUUUCUGUUUUUGGUUUUUCCAGUUUGUGAAUUCAUGCUUGCAUCAUUUUUCCUUCAAUGA